CAUCAUGCAACACGCGCGCGAGCUUUGUUUCCGAAGGCGGCCAUUUUGGUGUUGUGUGGGGGAAAAGGCGAGUGGAUGCUUUCUAGGGUUGUGCUUUUUUCUCGCCCCUAACUAAGCGGCUUUCUCUUAAGUCAUGCCGGGCAACGAGGACGGCGGCAGCAAGGGCCUGACUCCCCGGGUCGUGGACGAGCUGUGCGCGGUGACGUACGUGGAAGACUACCUGGACUGUAUCGAGUCGCUGCCGGACGACUUGCAACGGAACGUUUCUCAACUCAGAGAGAUUGACGCCCAAUUUCAGGAAGUCAUGAAGGAGAUUGAGGAAAGCCAAGAGCGCUACGUGAACGAGAGUGAUCCCAUCGUCCGGCGCCGUAAGCUGAUCCAAAUCCAGCGCGGAUUGGUGAAGAGCCAAGAGCUGGGCGACGAGAAGCUCCAGCUGGUGUCCGCCAUGGUGGAUAUGGUGGAGAACCGGGCGCGACAGCUGGACGAGGACCAGAGGAACCUGGACGCCGGCAAGGACACCGACCACCCGCCCGAAAUCGUCAAGCCCGAGCAGCCUCCGGAGAGGAACAACAAACGUUCGCGGCGGCAGCGUAGCCACGAGAAGCGAGAGGCGCAGGACAAGGACAUUCCCAGCGACAAUCCCAAACCCGUCAAGAAGAAAAAGCGGUCGAAGGCAAAGGCGGAAAAGCAGCGCGAAGAGCGGGAGAGCUCGCCGUCCGAGCUCGCCAUCGAUCCGAACGAACCCAGAUACUGUCUGUGUAACCAGGUUUCCUACGGAGAAAUGAUAGGCUGUGACAAUGAGGAGUGUGAGAUCGAGUGGUUCCACUUCGACUGUGUCUCACUCCACAACAAACCUAAGGGCAAGUGGUACUGUCCCAAGUGUCGCGGGGACAAGGCCACGGAAAGAGGGCCUGGCAUCGACAAGAAAAGCCACGGACAUGAUGCAGACGAGAAGAAAAAACGAGGCGGUAAUAGGUAGUAUGUCGCCCUGCUGGCAAAAUAUUAUCACAAUGCAACGUAUGACUAUAGAUGUUCAAAAUAUUAAAAAUUGUGGUCAUCAAUAAUAUGCAGUCUGUUUCUUUCUUCAAGGAUUGCAAUUGUUGACCUGUAUGUUCCAGUUUGGUACAAAUUGCAUUGUAAUAGUAUAGGGCGUGGGUAGCCUUCGGAACAUGUUUCAAACCAUAGAAAUCAAAUCUGAUAUAAUAGUAUUUACAAUUUCAUAUUUGUACAAAUUCAUCUUUCAUCCACUUUAUCUAAUGAAAUCAUUAACAUUAUAAGUGUUCUAGAUAUUCUGUACAUAAAACGGAUAUGAAUCCCCAUAUGUAGCAUAGAAUGCAUUUAACAUUGUCAUUAAAUAAGAAAAGGCUACCAGAACAAUUAGGAACGAAGUAGUCUUUUUUGCAUUAUUGAAUUGAAAGCCAAGGUAUGCAUAGGAUACUUUUGUUUUCUCUGAAUAGAAGAAAGCUUGCCUGACUUUGUGUAUCAAUGUUUAGUCUUUGUUAGUUCAUCGCAAAGACAUAGAUUCUGUGAGAAUCUUUGUGAGAUAAGCAGCAUCAAUUCAUUGAGUACAGUUACGUUUUCCUUUACUUUACUUUGUUGUUAGACUGUUAUUUACAGCUAAGUGGUAACAUCAACUUUGAUAAAGUCACAGUCUUCUGAUUGCAGAUGCCACUUGUAAGUUGUAUUGCUGUUGUAAAGAAAUACAUCUGUAUAUAUCGUUGGAAUAUGCCUCAUACUUGAUACUUAUUAAGUUAGCUGAGUUUGAAUGCUACAAUAACAUGUAAUUCACCAGUAAGGUAAAUUCUGGUCAGUUUUCUUUUCAUAGAGAGGGAAAUAAAAGCAAUGGAAG